GCGCGCGCUGACGCCGCGGCGGGGCCGGAAGGAGCGCGGCGGUGCCUCCGCGGCCGCGACGGAGCUGCCGGCUGCGGCUUCGGUGACUGGGCGCCGGCGCCGGGGCUCCCAGCCGCCUCGCGGGCCCGGGGAGCGGAGUGGCGGUCCCUUUGGAACAGAUAGUCACCAUGUUUAGAUAUUAGCAAGCCAAUGUGUAUGUCCACAUUUGAAAAUGGCAGAGGGAAAUAAUAAUGAAGAGGUAAUUCACUUGAACAGCUUUCACUGCCACCAGGGACAAGACUGGAUCCAUCUCAGAGAUGGACCCAUCACCAUAUCUGAUGACUCUGAUGAAGAAGGAGUUCCAAUGACGGUCACCCCAGCUUCUCAGCGACAUGAUGAAGAGGACCUGGAUGAUGAUGUCAUCCUGACAGAAACAAGUAAACCUCAAACAUCACGACCUAAUCUCAUCAAACCAGCUGCCCAUUGGCAAGAUCUCAAAAGCUGGGGAGAAGAAAGGCCUAAAAAGUCUAGAGCAGCCUUUGAGUCAAAUAAGAACAACUAUUUUGCAGUGAAUAACAGCACAUUGUUUGAUUCUGGGGCACAGGAUGAUUCUGAGGAUGACUACGAUGAAUUUCUGGAUCAUGGGCCUCCUGGAGUUUCUGAAUUAAUUAAUCCAAGUGGCCAAACAGAAAGAGAACCCAAGCCUGGACCAAGUCAUAACCAAACAACAAAUGAUAUUGGCAACCCCGGAUCAGAGCCAAAAAUCUUCAUCUGGAGAAAAAGUGACCUUCUUAUUCCAGAUAAUGAUCCUUUGGACACUCAGAACCAGUCAUCUGAAGACUCAGAGACAGACCUUUUAUCAAACCUCGGAGACUCAGCUGAUAUGCUAGAUGAUCAGACCAACGAAGACGAUCAUUGGUUAGAAAACCCUCCUUUCUUCCCGUCUCUAAACCCACAGCCCCGGGAGAGAGCAAACCCGGCUGUUCCUCGGGAGCUGCAGCCUGAAGCAGAGCUGGGCCCCUUGUUCUAUCAGCACGGCCCCCUAGGGCUGGCUUUCCCGAGGCCGGCUUUUCCGAGACCAGAGCCCCCUUAUGACGGCAUUCCCGGCCCCUCCUCUCCUCGGCCCGCCCACCCUCUGGGAGAGCUGGAAGACCAGCAGCUAGCAAUAGACGAGGAGGAGGAGGAGGAAGAGGAAGAGGAUGACGACGAUGGGCCAGGCCCAGCCUUUCAGGAGCCCAAUUUGGAACAUCUUUGGGGGCAAGAAGCUAAUGAGGUCGACCAAGAAGUCGUUGCACUGCUAGUGAAAGAAACAGAAGCAAGAUUUCCAGAUGUAGCACCUGGCUAUAUUGAGGAAAUAAUUCAUUUGAAGAAUUAUUAUGAUUUGAAUGUACUUUGUAAUUUUCUACUGGAAAACCCAGAUUAUCCAAAGAGAGAAGAUCGAGUCAUUAUCAACCCUAGUAGCAGCCUGCUUGCUAGUCAAGAUGAGAUAAAGUUGCCGAAGGUAGACUUCUUUGACUAUUCGAAAUUGGCUCCUCUUGACCAGCGCUGCUUCAACCAGGCUGCUGACCUCCUGAUGGCCGACUUCAAAAUGCUCAGCAGCCAGGACAUCAAGUGGGCCCUGCAUGAGCUCAAAGGACACUAUGCCAUCACCCGAAAGGCCUUUUCUGAUGCUAUUAAAAAAUGGCAGGAGCUAUCACCAGAAACCAGUGGAAAAAGAAAAAAGAGAAAAGAAAUGAAUCAGUAUUCUUACAUAGAUUUCAAGUUUGAACAAGGUGACAUAAAAAUAGAAAAAAGGAUGUUCUUUUUGGAAAAUAAGCGGCGCCAUUGUAGGAUCUAUGAACGGCGUGCCCUCCAUCCAGCUGUGCAGCAAGAGCAGGAGUUCUAUGAGCAGAAAGUCAAAGAGAUGGCAGAGCAUGAAGACUUUUUGCUUGCUCUGCAGAUGAAUGAAGAACAGUAUCAGAAGGAUGGUCAGCUGAUUGAGUGCCGCUGCUGCUACGGGGAAUUUCCAUUUGAGGAGCUGACUCAGUGUGCCGAUGCUCACUUGUUCUGCAAAGAAUGUCUCAUCAGAUAUGCCCAGGAGGCGGUCUUUGGAUCUGGAAAGUCAGAGCUUAGCUGCAUGGAAGGCAGCUGCACAUGUUCCUUCCCAACCAGCGAACUGGAGAAGGUGCUUCCCCAGACCAUCCUGUGUAAAUACUACGAGCGCAAGGCCGAGGAGGAAGUCACUGCGGCCUACGCCGACGAGCUUGUCAGGUGCCCCUCCUGCAGCUUUCCCGCCCUGCUGGACAGCGACGUGAAGAGGUUCAGCUGUCCCAACCCCCGCUGCCGGAAGGAGACCUGCAGGAAGUGCCAGGGGCUCUGGAAGGAGCACAAUGGCCUCACCUGUGAAGAGCUGGCUGAGAAGGAUGACAUCAAGUACCGGACCUCUAUUGAAGAGAAGAUGACCGCUGCUCGCAUCAGAAAAUGCCAUAAGUGUGGGACGGGCCUCAUCAAGUCCGAAGGCUGCAACCGCAUGUCCUGCCGCUGCGGGGCCCAAAUGUGCUACCUCUGCCGAGUCCCCAUCGGUGGGUACGACCACUUCUGCCAGCAUCCCCGCUCGCCUGGAGCCCCCUGCCAGGAGUGCUCGAGAUGUUCUCUCUGGACCGACCCCACGGAAGAUGAUGAGAAGCUGAUUGAGGAAAUCCAGAAGGAAGCCGAAGAGGAACAGAAAAGAAAGAAUGGAGAGAACACCUUCAAGCGCAUCGGGCCCCCGUUGGAGAAGCCUCCAGAGAAAGUCCAGAGGAUGGAAGCCCUGCCGAGACCCGUCCCGCAGAACCUGCACCAGCCGCAGUUCCCCGCCUACGCCUUCGUGCACCCCGCCUUCCCGCUGCCGCCCGUCCGGCCCCUGUUCAACAACUUCCCCCUCAACAUGGGCCCCAUCCCGGCCCCGUACGUGCCGCCUCUGCCCAACGUGCGCGUCAACUACGAGUUUGCCCCCAUGCACCUGCCCCUGGAGCCCAACCUGCCCAUGCAUUUCGGCCCCCAGCCGCGCCAUCGCUUCUGACCCCCGAGCCCCAGCCCCGCUGAGCAGCGCGGGCAGGCGGGCUCCCAAAAGCAUAGGCUGCUUGUCCCUCCCCUCCUGCAGGGCCACUGGCCCUGGGGGAGUGGCCGGCACGCUCGUUCUUGCUGACCAGAGAUGGGGGCGGCCACACCCCUUCCGGAGCCUUCUGCCUCCUCGCAGCUGUGCGGGGGUCCCAGCACAGCAGUACCCUCUGCUCAGUCCGGCCAGGGCCACCGGGAGUUCAGGCCCCGCCCUGCAGAGACCGGGGAAGGUUCGCCUCCAUCCCUCGCGCUAGGCAGCAGGCGAUCAGUGAGAACCACACAGGCCUUCCUCGCCACAGCCCCGGUGGUGCCGCUUGGGGAGCGUGAGCCGUGUCCCCAGGCCGGGCCGCAGCGCCCCCUUGCCCUGGGCCCCGAGUGAGGCGCUCUGAGCCGCGGGUCCCGUGGAGAGGCCAGAGCAGUGGCCACGCCCAAGAGCACCAGGCCCCCACGUCAUGUCCAGGACCCGGGCGCGGCCGUGGUGGCCGUGCUGAGGUCUGUCCUCUCCUCUCGGCCGCUCACAUGAGACCAGCGAGCUGCGCUUCUGUCAGUGAUUUACCUAAACGUUCCGCUGGCUCACUCGGCAGUUACCAGCUUCCGGGGCCGCGAACUCCUCAGUCUGGGAAGUCAGUCACCCAAUCCGCAGCCGGCCGGCCUGACACUGGCCAGAUGGAAGCUCCUGGGGGCGGCUGUAACGGGUCUGGUGGCUCCCAGGCAGCAGUUCCCUGGAGCUUCUCUGUCGCCAGCCUGCGCCACAGCUCCUCUGAGACUUGGUGGGGAUGGGGGUUUCUCCCAUCAAGGUGCUCCCACCAUGUGCUCGGCAGGCCCGGCUUCAGGGC